AUGACAUCUAUAAAUUAAAUAUAAAAAAAGUUAAUAGACUAAAAAGUAUUCUAAGAUGAUGCCAUUAUUGUGUAAAUGUUUUAGGUUAUGUAAAAUAAUUGUUAGAAUUACAUGGAUGUUAAGUUGAUAGGAUAUGGAUAUCAAUCGUUUUCGCUUUCAGCUUUAAAUUAAAUAACUUAAUAAAGAAUUAUUUUGAAUAUCCAGAAAAUCUGUUAAAAAACAUAUGAAUAAUAUUCAAACUAAUUUAAAUAAACUUUAUAAGUUUUGAUUUCAUAAUAUAACUCAAAUAAAGCUAACUAUGAUAUCAUAAUUAUGCAAGAGUAAGAACACUGUGAAGAAUAGCUUUUAAAGAUUUUCACUAAUCUUGAGUUUGAUUUAGUUGAUACUAUAGAUUAAGAAUAUUAUAAAUUUGUUAAAAAAAUAAAUUAAGGCAAUAAAUAAUUAGGAUCACAAGAAAUUAAGUAUUUAAUUUUGAAUAACGAUUAGCUUGAUGUCUUAUUAAAUAAAUUAAACAACUACACAAAUUUAAGCACUUUAAUAUUGGAUUUCAGUUAUUGCUCUAUUACAAAUCAAAAAUUAAUCAUCAUAUCACAACAUUUAAAAGAACUUAAGAGUAUUAAAGAGCUAAGUAUAAAUGUUAGCUCAAACAAAAUUAAUUAAUUUGAUUAAUUACUUUAGACGGUAACAGAGUUAUAUUAAUUAGAGAUUUUAAAUCUAAAUCUAGGUUAAAAUAGUUAUGAAAAGAUUGGUAACAAUGAGAACAUUUUAUUUUCUAAGCUCGUAUAUUUAAAAAGUUUAACAUUAACGUUCAAUUAGUUAAAUAGAGUAACAAAUCAAACCAUCUUAAGUAUAUUUAAUAGUCUUAAGGAUUGUAAGCAGCUGACAUAAUUCUGUUUAGGCUUAAUACAGAUUAACUUAAAUAACUACAUAAAUUAAAUACCAAAUAUAAUUCAAUCUAUGCAAAAAUUAACUGUGCUCAACUUGCAACUUGGAAACACUAGAUUAGAUCCUAUAAUGUUUAGUUAUCUCUUACUAAAUAUCUCAAAGUGUGUAAACUUGACCAAACUAAACCUCUAUCUGCAGGAAAAUGGAUUAAAUUCUAAUUUUUCAAAUCAACUCAAAGAUACCUUGAGUCAAAUCGAACAUUUGAAAGAUCUUACUCUUUUACUUUUCUUUAAUUAACUUAAUUUCGAAGAUAAAGUACUUAUUUGUAAAGAAAUCAUCUAGUGCAAAAGAUUGGUCAAUCUUUGUGUUGACAUAAGGUCUUAAAAAAAUGCUGAAUAGUUAUUUUAAUUAUAAGAUUAAGAGAUUUAAUAAUUAUUAAGUGCAAGAAGAGUAGAUUCGAUUUGGAGACCUAUGAUGUUGGAAAAUAUAUAAAAUGUUAAUAAUUAUUUACAAGUUAGUAGCAUGUAUAUCAUGCAUGAUUAUGAUGGAAUGCUUUAUUUAACUAAUAGGAUUAUAGAUAAUUCUACCUUUUUAAGUCUAUUUGAUAUUUAAAGUAAUUUAAGUUCUUAAUUUGAUAUUAAAUAAAGCGAUUAUUAUGAGUCCACAAUGAUUUGCUAAAGAAGAUUAAAAUAUGAGUCAAAAGAUCCAAAUUCUAAUUCAAAAAGAACAAAGUACUCUUUUAUAAAAAACGUAGUAACAGUAAUAGACAAAGUUCCUAGCUUUGAAGUAUUAAAAUCUUUAAAUCCUUUGAAAAAAUAUUAGAAUAUAAAUACUUUUACAAUUUUAAAUGUUGUGAAGAUCUAUGAAUAGAGCUAAACUUCUGAAAAUUAAACAUAAGCUAAUUUAAGCUAGAGAUUUUUGCAAAAUGAUUCUAAUAACUAAAAUAUUUCCUUUCAAGAGAACUUUGCAGAAUAUGUGAAUGAAAUAAAAAUAGAUGAGAAUUUCAUAGAAAAUUUCAAACAAAUUUGCUUCUCAAGUGAUAGCCUAGUUUUAUUAGAGAGUUUUUAAAACUUAUUUAUCGUAUUAAAAUUUACAACUCAGAAUAUAUUUAGUUAAAAUGAAAGCACCUCAUUACUUAAUUUAAAUUAAUAAAUAUAAAAUUUCCUAAGAAUUAAGAAUUACAGAGCAUUAGGCGUUUGCUAUAACAACAUUGGAGUUAUUCACUAUAAUUGCUCUAGAUAUUAAGAAGCAUUAGAAAAUUUUUAAAAUUCAAUUGUUUAUGCUAAAUAUGAAUUAGGCUUAUACUCUUCUGAUUCUAUAGGAAAGUAAUUCAUGAAAAGAAUUGAAUUAGGUGCUUCUAUUUUAAGGAGAUCUAUGGCAUAAAACAGUUUAAAAGAUAGCUAAUAGAUUAACAAAUAAUUUCAAAAAAUAAGGACAACCAUUUUUUAAAAUAAUAUUUUUUAAGGAGAUUUAAUAUAAAAUCAAAAUAAUUCUGAUAAGGAUCAACUUUAUUGGAAUCUUUUUAACAGGAAUCUAAAUUUUUUAAAGGCUUUUAAUUCUUUCAUUGUAAAAAGCUAGCAAAAUGGUUUAUUAGAAAUAUUUUCUGAAGUGUCUCUUUAAAAUACAAGCAUAAGUUAAAUUUAUCUACCUCAUUCUAACAAAAGACAAAUGUAUAAUUACUGCAGUAUAAUAACAGGUUAUUUUAAUUAAAGUUAAUUUGGUGAAGCCAAAAUAAUUCUAGAAAAAUUAAAAUAUCUUUACAUAAAAAACAUAAAAAAUAAAACUUAAAACAUAGACAGCUAAACUAACUAGUUUAUAAAUAAUCUUAUGGAUUUUAGUAAUAGAGAAAAAGGUGAUGGAACUUCUAUUUAAGAUGAUUAAAAUUUAUUUAAUCCUUUAAAGAGAAGAAAAAGUAGAAUAAAAAAAACAUAAUUUUAUUUGACUUCUGAAUUGUAAGAUGGGAAUUUUUUAAACAGUAUUUUAUCACAAGAAUCGAAAAAUUGCUAUUAAAGUGAAUAAGACUUGAAGUAAUUCAAUUCAUAUAGAUGGAAAUCAUUUUCAGAACAAAAUAAAAAUAUUAUAAAAAUUUCUAAAAUGUAAAAUUUGGAUGAUUACAAAGAUUACAUUAAACAUUUAAUUGGUCAAAGCAAUAAAUAAUAACAAAUGAGUGAAUAAUUAAAAUGUUUCACCUUUUAUUAAGUGAGAAAAUAAAAUGACUCUUAGAAGAUAGCUAGGUAUGAAUUUAGUUCAGAUAUAUACUUUUAAUAUUAUUCCAUUUAUAUGGCACAGUAUUUAAUUAAGCAUAAGGAUUACUAUAAUGCUGCCUUAAUCCUCAAUAAUUCACUAGAAAACUGUAAAUACUACUUACCUCAUUUAAAAAAGCAGGUAAUAUAAUCUUUGCAUAAUAUAUUUUUGAAGAACAAACUAUUUAGUAUUGAAUUUGAAUACUUCAAAAAUAAAUACGAUACUGUUAUUCACAGCAAUAUUGGUGCCUAUAUUGUAGUAGCGUGUAAAGAUUAAUAUUUUAAUAAAAAAGCUUUUGGACUAUUAAGUGACUUGACUAAUGACAUUCUUUAUAAACAAGAUGAUAGAUUUGGUGUAGUUUAGUAUUGUUUUCAAGAGAAAACUUUUAAAUAACUUAUUUCUGCUACAAAUGUUAAGAUUUAUAAAAGCAAUCCUAGGCUUUUUGAUGUCAUUUACAAAAACAUUUUAGUUCAAAGUGUAAUAUAAAAAUAAUAACCAAUUCUGAAGAGCUUAUCUAUUUAAUAUGAUAGAAACAGCAUAAAAAGAACAGCUAGUAUAUAUUAGACAUCUAAAUUCAAGAAAUAGUAAGUAAAUCAAGAGAAUUCUUAAAUUAAUUAAAUUUAAAUUAUUGAUGUAGUUAAAGUUUAAAAUACUCCUUACAAGAAAUCAUUUUAGCUUCAAAGAGAAUAGUCUUUUGAUAUUUCAAAUUUAAAUCAUAAUUAAUAAAAAUAAUCUAAAUUAAGAUAAUUAGAAAAAUAAGAAAUUAGCAAAUCUAUUUAUUCUUAAAAUUAUUUUUAAAAAUCACUCUAUAUUACUUAAUAAGAUUCUAAUAAUAAGUUGAUUAAUAACAGUUUACGCGACUUAAUAUAAUAGCCGAAUGCUUAAAAAUAAAAUUUUUCAUUAUAAUAACCCAGUCUAUCACAUAUUUUUUCUUAAAAAAACUUGAUGUUAGAUGGGUAAAAUUCUAUUUUUAAAUCAGAUAUUGAGAUAACUGAAAAAAAAUAAAAUAUAUUGAUCCCUAUGUAAAACGAAUAGACCGUUUAGAAAAAGUCAAUUCUUUAGAAUAAAUAGAUAGAUAAUUUUACUACAACAAAUGUAACUAAUCCAAGUGAAUAAAAAAAUUAAGAAGUAGGACUAAUUAACUAAGAACAAGAGCAGUUUAAUUCCACUUAGCUAAAGUCAUAAGAGUGUGAAGAUAUUUAUUCAGAAAAUUUUGAUCAAGAACAUGAUGAAUUUUUUCCAUUAUUUCAUACUUAAAUUAAUAGAAAUAUUGCCAGUCAUUUGAAUAAAAAUGAAGAAACAAAAUAUGAAAUUGAUAAAACAAUAUUAAACUCAAAUAAUUUGAACAAUUAUUAAUCUCUGAGCUAAAAAUUUUAAAUUCUUAGUCAAAGCUAAUAUGUGGAUGAGGCCUUAGAUAAGAAAAACUAAGAAAAAAACCAAAAUACUUCUGGUUUAUAAUUAGAGUUGCUUGUAUUAAUUUAAAAUGAAACUUAAUCAUUAGAAGAAUUUUCAGACCAUAGUAAUAUCUACAUAAACUCAAAGAUUGUAAUUAGCUUUUUUAAUAGUGAGGAAAAAUUGUUAUAAUAUAUAUAUAAUCAAAGAGAGCAUGUUAAAAACUAUUAAUAUCCUAUGAUUUAUGAAUAUUUUUGA